AAAGAGGAGCGGGACGGGAAGAGGAGGCGGAUGAGGCAGCAUCUCAGGGGCCCUGACCGCUGACCCCGCCAUGCGUGUGCUUCUGGCUAAACUGCUGUGCCUGGUGGCGGUCUUCCUGCUGAUGCUGGCAGGGUCCCUGCUGCCGGUCCGGCUCCUCAGGCCCAACAGCGCAGGGAAGGCAUGCUGCCACUCCCGCAGAGCCCUCUCCCUCUGCAACACCUUUGCUGCUGGGGUCUUCCUGGCCACCGGCUUCAAUGCCCUGCUCCCAGCUGUCAGGGACAAGAUGUCAGAGGUGCUGCGCCUGGGGAAGGUGUGGACGGACUACCCGCUGUCAGAGACACUGAUGCUGAUGGGCUUCUUCCUGACCGUAUUUGUGGAGCAACUGGUCCUGACCUUCUGCUCGGAGAAGAAGCUGCCCUUCAUUGACCUGGAGACCUUGAAUGCAGGCAGCGGCUCUGAGGAUGAGAGCCCCUUCCUGAAGGCCUCCAACGAGGAUGACGGCAGCCUCCACCACCACCCUCACCAUCAUUACCACAGCCACAUGGAGCUGCCCAGCUCUGCCUCGGGCACGCUGCGGCUGCUGGGCCUGUCCCUGGCGCUGUCGGCCCACUCGGUGCUGGAGGGGCUGGCACUGGGGCUGCAGGAGGAGGGCAGUGGGCGGUUGCUGGGCCUCUUCCUGGGCGUGGCCCUCCAUGAGGGGCUGGCGGCCCUGGCGCUGGGACUCAGCCUGGCCCGGGCGGGGCGGGGCCUGAAGGAGGCCACCCGAGCUGCCCUUCCACUCAGCCUGUCCCUCCCACUGGGCAUUGGGGCCGGGGUUGCCAUCCAAGCCACCACCUCUUCCACCUCUGCCACCGCCAGCCUGGCUGGGGCACUGAUCUCAGUGCUGCUGCAGGGCCUGGCCACCGGCACCUUCCUCUUCGUCACCUUCUUUGAGAUUCUGGGCAAGGAGCUGGAGCAGAAGGGCGACCGGCUGCUCAAGGUGCUCCUCCUGGUGCUUGGCUACGCCCUCCUGGCCACCGUGGCCUUCCUCAAGGCCUGAGC